UGGUGGCCACAAUCGCAUCAUUCUUGCAACGUUAAUGCUCUUCAAACGGACGUUCAUUCGGUACGUUCAGCGCACGUACGCCCCUGUGAAUUGGUGCUUUGGUACCGUCCCCCCUCUGGUACCCUGUACAUACACACUAUACUAUCAGUACUACAAGGUCUCGCAGCAGUCUUUAUUAAAGAUGCUUUGAAGCACAGAAGCCGUGUGCCUGUUGGUUUAAGCGAGCAGCGUAUUUCUCCUUUUCUAAAUUGCAAUGAUUGCGGGCUAAAGACAACUUUGGAUUUCUGCUCAGCAACCACGCAAACCGACUUUAUCGCUGGCUGGUGACACUCGUGAGAUGACGGAGGUGGAGCCGGUUCUGGACUUCGCCUCUUCAGGCCGGUCUGGCCGCCGGAAUGCCCUGCCGGACAUCCUGGGCUCCCCAGCAGGGGUCAGCCCCUCUGACCUGCCUCUCAAACUGGCUGAGCUGUCCCUCACAGAUGGGCCAGACGGGGCCCAGUCCCCCAGCGCGGAGGAAGCGCCGCCCCCCGCGGAGAGCUCAGAGGGGAAGGAGGGGUCGUAAGGGACCGGGGGGGCCUCACGAGGAGGCCCGCGGCAGAGAGAUGGGGGGAGGCUGAAAGAGGGUGAGAGGGAGAGAGAGAAAGGGAGAAGAAGGGACGGACUGUGGAGAGCCAAUCUGUUUAAACGCCGGGCUGCGUUGCUGAAAGCGGACGUCUGGCAGCCACUUCAGACAGUACGGGGCGGACUGACACCAGCGUGGGGGGCUAGACACAGCCAAACCCCAGCCGGGACAGAGGGACUGAGAGAGAUGGAGGCUCUACCUUUCCAAACACCCCACCCCCCAAAAUCAGACGUGGAAGGGGUUGGAGACUGUUUUAGAGACACGAACAUUUUCAUUUUUUUUUUAAAAAGAGUAAAUAAAAUAAUGGAAACCCCAGGAGAUAUGUGGUGGGCAGAUCCAAAAAAAAAAAAAAGACAAUGUUUUUUUGCGCUUUGUUGAGUUUCCCCACUGAACUCCUGUGAAGCUGUUUCUAGCAUUACUUUUUCUAAAUCAAUUUGUCUGUUGUGGAUUUUAUGUGGAAGACCUUUCAAAAGGGUUUUUAACAUUUGUCUUUAACAUUUGUCUAACUGUGGCCCUGCCAAUAUAUUUUUUUUUAUUAUUAAAUAUCGCCUCCGUUUUCUGAAAGAAAACACCAAGAGUAUGCAAGUGUAAGUCUUAAGAAACCAGAUAAUGCAUAACGACCUUUUGACGUUCCUGCAGGGUUGUGGCCGCGUGAUAACGUGACAACAGCGUGGCAGCAACGUUGCGAGAACGUUGUGCGUUACCCUGGAAAUGUAAUGUGUGCGGGGUGCUGACGUGUGUUGUACGAAGGGCUUUAGGCAUCUAGUGUGUGUGGAUAGGGUUUUUUUUUUUUCAAAUAAUGUAGCAGAAUCCUGUCCCCAAGAUCAGCUGAAUUCCCAGGAGGAUAACGAAGUAUGGGACCCCAACCCCACUCCCCCCCCCCCACCUUUAUCUCGGGCUAUUCACAGAACCGGAAUACGCUCGUCGACCAAAAACAGACCACCACUGCCAACCCUGCAAAACACAGCCUCAUAUCUCACCAUCUGCAAGUAGCGUCUUGUUUGUGCAGCAAAGUGCUCUGUUUUCAGUCGUAUGGCUGUUAAGCCGCAGUACAACCAGAACAUCGCUACCACGUACAGAAAAGGCACCUGGCAUCAGCUUUCAAACACGAAAAAAAAAAAAUCCACAUAAAAUGACCUGCUGCUCGGGAGCUAUAGGGCUCUGCAGUCUCUGAGCCUGGCUCUCGGUAAUCAGAUCUCUAAACGAAAUCCUCUCCCAGAAUGGUUUUUUAUCCUUUUUUUUAAUCGCAGCACCAUGUCUGCUGAAACGGGCCCGCUGCCUCAUGGUGACAUCUCCGAGGGUGCCAGGAUAACAGACCGGGGAAAAAAAAAAAAGAAGACGACCGACGUGUCUCUGCCAGGAAAGAAUGUGUCAUCCGCACGGCCGCCAUUCCCGUUUAACAGAUUAUAAUGAGAGUAAUCUGUUUGCACCCAAAACACUUCCGAGAGCCAGAAACGCUGCCGUCAGGCCUACGCGACCAAAGACUGUCUGAUACAGUCCUCUUUCAGGCAGGGGUGAGGAAGAGGAUGUGGCCUGAAAAAUAAAGGCUUUGCACUUUUAUAUGAGGGUAAAAUUUGUUCUCCAAAAAAAAUGAAACCCAAUCAAAGCAUUGAUAAUAGAUAAAUGAGUGUUUUUGACGGGGAAAUGCCAUCUUGUUUGCUUGUUUGAGACAGCACCACAGUCUAACAGGACCAUGGUACACCAUCAGUGUUCAGAAGAGGGUGAGGAAGGAAAGUAUCCAUUCAGCAGCAAAUGUGUAAUGAAAUAACAGCUUGGAAUUGCUUAAUAAAAAAAUAUAACAAAUUA